AUAUGUUUUGAGAUAGAGAGAAAGAAAAAUAAAAGUAAUAAUAAUAUUUUUUUUGAGGGAUCGGAGGCCGAGUCGGAACCGAUUCAGAUCGGGGAAACAUGGAGGGAGUUGGGGCCCGACUCGGGCGGUCCUCGACGCGGUACGGGCCGGCCACGGUGUUCAGUGGGCCGGUGAGGAAGUGGAAGAAGAAGUGGGUCCACGUAGCGCCAUCGACCAGUAGUGCUGCCUCUAACCACAGCAACAGUCACUCUCAUCAGAUUCACAGCCACAACACCACCACCAAUGGGACGACUAACGGUAAUAACGGCUCACAUCUCUUGCUUUACAAGUGGACCCCAAUCACCCAGAGCCAGAACAGCAAUAACAACAACAGUAACGUGAAUGACGGUAACGGGGACAAGAGUUCCGGCAGGGAUGACGUGGCGGGUACCCUGGAGGAGCCUCCUCGUCGUAAAUUCAAAUACAUUCCGAUUGCUGUUCUAGAGGAGCAGAAGAAUGAGGAUGCAGAAAACGAGGCUGCAGAAAAUGAUGAUGCUAAAUCAAUUGAUAUUGACCCUAGUGCAACAGAGUCCACUCCCAAGGGUGAGGCUUUGGACGAGAAACCUGACAUUAAUGAUGUGCCAAUGGAGGAAAGUCAGGACAAAAACCAGUUAAUAUGCCAAGAUCUGAAUGAAAGCACUUUGGAUUUGAGUUUAGGCUUGAAGGCGCAUGAUGAUGACCAUGGUCAUGACUCAAAAACUGAUCAGACUAGAGGUGGCCAGUAGGAAAGAGAAGGCAAGUAGUGUUGAGACAUGAUUGAAGGCUGCCUUGGGGUUUUGGGAUGCUGAGGACAUUAGAAUCUGCAACCUACUUGUUUGUGCCUGAUUAUAAACUGCAAUUUUUUUUAAUUUUUAAUUUUUUUUUGUAUUCUUGUUGAACCACUGGCUGUCUUAGGCAAGUGUAUUCCAGUGGCAUAUGCAUGUACUUUAGUCUUCAUUUUAUGCUCCCUUGCUGAGCUGAUUGCAGUUUGGCUUUAGGGGGCAUGCAAUACCUUUUUCCCUCCUCAUUGGACAAUUGAUUUUUUUUUAAAUCU